UCCAAAGUAUCAUCAGCAUUAUUAUUAGGGACCAGAACGUCACACCUACUUCCCUUCCUUCACCAUCUGAGUGAUCCUGGCUAGCACAAACGGCUCACGCUCUUGACAAAACCUGGGACAAAGACCCAAACUGAGACAUGAGAAAAGGACAGGUGCUUUAAAAGACACAAGCUUCCCUACUUCAGCAGCAGUUUUCUUCUCUCUUGCCACAGUUGCGAGGCAACAUUUCUGACAUCAGUGAUUUACCAUGAUAAAAUCCACAGUAUGUGAGAAGAUCAUGGAGCUCCUGGGACAAAAUGAGGUGGAUCAUCACCAACGAAAGCUCAUCAUUCUGAGCCAGGAUAGGUUCUACAAGGUCCUCACUGCAGACCAGAAAGCCAAGGCAUUGAAGGGACAGUACAACUUUGAUCACCCAGGUGCUUUUGAUAAUGAUUUGAUGCACACAACUCUGAAAAAUAUUGUGGAGGGAAAAACUGUAGAGGUGCCAACCUAUGAUUUUGUAACCCAUUCCAGGUUGGCAGAGACAACAGUGGUCUAUCCUGCAGACGUGGUUCUCUUUGAGGGGAUCCUGGUAUUCUAUAACCAAGACAUUCGGGACAUGUUCCAUCUCCGACUCUUCGUUGACACAGACUCUGACGUCCGGCUGUCCCGCAGAGUUCUUCGAGAUAUGAAGCGUGGGAGGGACCUAGAGCAGAUCCUGACUCAGUACACAACCUUCGUCAAACCUGCCUUUGAGGAGUUCUGCUUGCCGACAAAGAAGUAUGCUGAUGUGAUUAUUCCUCGUGGAGUCGACAAUAUGGUUGCUAUAAACCUCAUUGUGCAGCACAUCCAGGACAUUUUGAAUGGAGACAUCUGCAAGUGGCAGCGAGGGGCGAUGAAUGGGCAUGGUCGGACAUACAAGCGAUCGUUCCCUGAGCAAGCAGAGGGCAGCACCAUGCUGGCAGCUAGCAAACGAUCUCAUCUGGAGUCCAGCAGCCGUCCCCACUAACCAGGUUGUGGUCCGAAGUUGCCACCUCUGUUCCACACCAACCUUUUUAACAAACUGGUUUGUGACAUGCCCACAGCAUGUUAUUAAGAGGUAGGCGUGUGUCUUCUCACAGAGGAGAGGAAGAAGCUGGACUAUUGACCCUGCCCCUGGUCUUAGAUGGCAUUGUGUGCUGUAAACCCAGUGGGCUACAGGAUACUUUAUCUCCGCUCAUGGUGCUUUUUCCCUAGCAGCAAGGUUGGCUGCCAGGAAAACAGAUCUUUGCUCCAAGUGAGAAGCAGCAAAGAGCCUUGUUUUUAAAGAAGCAGGUACAGAUUCCCAGCUUUCCCUUCUGUCCAUGGCAAUGCCAGACCUGUGGAGAAGAGGACUGAUCUCUUAUUGGCAAACUGCAGAGAAGUCUAUUUUACUCAGGGCUGAGGAAAAUUAGGCUUCUCUUGGGCAACUUACAAAGCAGCAGUAGGGCUCCAUCAUCUAGUUGAGGUGUUUUGUUACUAGCCGAGCUACACUCCAUGUAGCAUAGGCUGACCUUGGAGGACACUUCAGUACUGACUGGGUGCGGACAUGGUUUGUAGUUCUCAUUCCUUCCCCAAAGCCAUGUUAAAGCUCAGGCAUUCAGCCCAUGAGUAGUUCCAGCAAAGCAUAGGGUGGUAUCCUAACAUCAAACACGAAUUGGUACCUACCAUCUGUCAUGUAUACUCUGUAAAUGCAGGCUUAAGAUUAGCAGGAAGAAUUGGUUAUUGUUGAAAAAGGCUUUGCUUUUAUAAGAGAUGAAAAAAGUUCAGACUCAAGUGGUUGUGCUGCUUUAAUUAAUAAACCAAUGAAGAAACAACAGCCACAUGAAUGUAACCAUUUUCAUACACCCCUCCUCCCCCCAGCACAGACAUACUCACUAGGAGCAUUAAAGAAAAAGCCCAAAAGGGGUGUCUAAACAGCAAGGGGAGCAGGAAUGAGCAAACAAAUCCCUGUGUAAUCUCCUCUCAGCCAUAUGGCUGUGGGCACUAGUGAGCUGUGUGUGGAGGCUGUUAGUUAAAGCUUCAGUGAAGUGUCACUAGGGUCUCCCCUGAAUGCAUCGCGUCAGGUAUGAGUCUCUUCCCUCCAAAGGUGGCAGCCUUGAGCAGCAGGCUGGUGGUUAAAAACAUGAGGAAGUGCUAUAGUAAAAACUCUCUCAAGAUGAGUCUAGGCACCUGUAGGUUAGCUGCAUUGUGUAGAACAAUACUAUAGAGCAGAACAAAAACUGAGUCUUGCCAUUACAUCAUCUGCCUUAUGGGGACUGAAUUCUUGCCAACCUAAAUUAUAAGGCUUUUUACCUUGAGCCCCUAUCAAGAAAUGAGAGCAGAGUUACUUGUAAGCAUGAUCAGUUCUAUCUUGACUGGCUCCACUACUGUUUGCGGAUCAAGAUGUCCCAGCUCUCCUUCCAGCGCAGGGCCCUGAGCUCAGCUGCUGAGAGGGUAGGCUCCCCAUAGGUCAGUGGGCUGAAUGUGCGAUAGACCAGAUAAAUGGAAGAGAACCAGGCUACCAUCAAGGCACUGAACACGCUCUUACGGAGUUGGGAUCUGAGAGAGAAGGAAAUGCAGUUAAAGCAAAGCUACCCACAUAUUCUAAUAGCAAGAGACUAGUGUAGCAAUUUGGAACUUUGCACUCUGCUACCUGUGAGAAAUGGAGACCCCAGGAAACAGUGCUGCAAUUUAACAUGUAGCUUGCCUGGCUCUGUUGAAGCAUUAACUGAGUAAUUCUCCCCAUGCCCCUCUGGGAGGCAGGGCAGCAUUAUUACAGAUGGGACAUAAUGCAAUGUGCUCAAAGUCAGUGCUGGAGCUGGAACUAAGAACCCCACCAUUUCACUACCUUCCUCCCCAGUAAUUAGAACUGCAGGACACCCUACAGGGUGUCCUGGGUACCUGCAGAGGUGAUCAGUCAGAUGCUGCAGUACAACAGGAAUCAGGAGAAUUUGGAAAGUGAGAGCAGGCAGGUAGUGGUACAGAAAAAGUGUCUUCUCCAUCAUAAAAAAGGGAAGGUAAUUCACAGCCCAGCCUCCCACGCAGAGUCCUCCAGCUGAUACCCAGAGCCCCCAUGCAUCUACAAGACAGAAAGGGUAACACUAAUCAGGACUCCUGAGAUGGUCUGCUACCAAACACCCUGAAAACUAGCAACAGCAAGAACAGGCAAUUUUUCAAAAGUUCUUAAUGUUGCACGCAGGGGGGAGAAUGGCUAAAUAACAUUUCCCUAGCCACUCUGGCCAAAGGUUACGCUAUGUAAAACUGUCCAUAGGAUCUUUAGUGGUCAUGCAGAGCAGACAGGACCUGUCUGUGUAAGAGCACGUUUAAAAUACCCAUGGCAGGUGAGGUCUGAUGGGAUUCCAAAUCUGAUCCUUUGAGCAUUAAAGCAUCCAGGAAAUGCAGUGUAAUCUCCCAAAGAGAUGAUGGUGCCCUGCAAUAAAAAUUUCUAUCAGGAGAGCACACAGCUCAUCAAGCUAACCAGGGGAAGUCUCUAGUUCUUUGUCCAUAGACAAUCAAGAGUAUCUGAACCCCAACUAGAAUUCUCACAGCAGCUGUGCAGCAAGGUGUCAAACUGCUCUAUACAAGGAUACUUCUGUGGCUAAGGGAUCAGACCUUCAGGGAUGUCACAAAUCUUCCUCCGUCGUCGAAGCAAAUACCACAGGAACAGACACACGUAUACAAGAGUUGCAACAUUAGCUGAAGCCCAGGUGAGAACAUUCCCAAUGAGGUGGAUCUGAGCCUGUAGAUAAGAGGUGGAAAACUGCAGUGAUUUUUUACUACAGAGAGAAGCCAAAAAUUAAUUAUUACAUAGCUGUACACACCCGAAUCUAAAAACUCAGAAUUUACCUGACAAGAGCUGUGGCAAUCCCCUGUCCAUCUGGCUACUGACUGAGGUUGCUAUAUUAUUUCAUAAUUCAUUUUUAUAUAUGGCAUUUGAAAGAAGCUGUCAGUGAUAGACUGAUAUUCUACACUGGAUCAAGUGAAUAUUAAAUUGCAAUUUUCCUUUAAAGCGUUAGCAAAAGAGAGUUAUUUACUUAAGGAACAAAGCUGUCAAAAACUGUAUCAAGUGCCUAAAGAACUCUCCAGUUUACUUUUCUACUGUUGAGCAGCAGGUUAUACCAACUGUCCUAUCUGGCAUUGUAAGGAACAUUGUGGGAGGGGGAAAGGAAAGCUUCUAUUAAAAGUGAAGUGUUUGUUUUA